AUGGGAUUGCUCGUCGACCUGCCAUUCUUCGACAUGCACUGCCGAUGCGAGAUUGCAUCCGUCCCCGGCAGCGUCAACUUGGCGAGCCUCGUCUGCGGCCUCCUCCUCGUGCUGCUCUCGUGGGUGUGGUACUCGAAAGGAAGGGCGCGCCUGCGAGCCGAGACGGAGCUGCGGGACGUGUCGACGGCGCUGGAGACGCUGGCGGAGCCAGUCAUCAUGAUGCGAGGCCACACCAUCACCUCUGUCAACCACGCGACGCUCGAGACGUUUGGGUACGACUCGAAGAGCGAGCUGGAGGGGCAGGGCGUGACGGUGCUGAUGCAGACGCCAGAGGCGUCGAAGCACUCCUCCUUCGUGGACCGCUUCGAGCGCACCGGCGAGCGGCGCAUCAUCGGCAAGCCUCGCGUCGUGACGGGCAAGCGGAAAGACGGGUCGAGCGUCUCGCUGACGCUCUCUGUGUCGCCGUGCGCUGCGCCGGGCGAGUACAUCGGGAUCCUGUACCGCAGUGGCGGAGAGAUGACACGAGCAGCGCGCGCCAAGGCCGAGUCGGAGCUGCGAGACGUGUCGACGGCGCUGGAGACGCUGGCGGAGCCAGUCAUCAUGAUGCGAGGCCACACCAUCACCUCUGUCAACCACGCGACGCUCGAGACGUUUGGGUACGAGUCGAAGAGCGAGCUGGAGGGGCAGGGCGUGACGGUGCUGAUGCAGACGCCAGAGGCGUCGAAGCACUCGUCCUUCGUGGACCGCUUCGAGCGCACCGGCGAGCGGCGCAUCAUCGGCAAGCCUCGCGUCGUGACGGGCAAGCGGAAAGACGGGUCGAGCGUCUCGCUGACGCUCUCUGUGUCGCCGUGCGCUGCGCCGGGCGAGUACAUCGGGAUCCUGUACCGGCGCACCGAGGCGGAGGCGCGCGCCAAGGCCGAGACGGAGCUGCGAGACGUGUCGACGGCGCUGGAGACGCUGGCGGAGCCAGUCAUCAUGAUGCGAGGCCACACCAUCACCUCUGUCAACCACGCGACGCUCGAGACGUUUGGGUACGACUCGAAGAGCGAGCUGGAGGGGCAGGGCGUGACGGUGCUGAUGCAGACGCCAGAGGCGUCGAAGCACUCCUCCUUCGUGGACCGCUUCGAGCGCACCGGCGAGCGGCGCAUCAUCGGCAAGCCUCGCGUCGUGACGGGCAAGCGGAAAGACGGGUCGAGCGUCUCGCUGACGCUCUCUGUGUCGCCGUGCGCUGCGCCGGGCGAGUACAUCGGGAUCCUGUACCGGCGCACCGAGGCGGAGGCGCGCGCCAAGGCCGAGACGGAGCUGCGAGACGUGUCGACGGCGCUGGAGACGCUGGCGGAGCCAGUCAUCAUGAUGCGAGGCCACACCAUCACCUCUGUCAACCACGCGACGCUCGAGACGUUUGGGUACGAGUCGAAGAGCGAGCUGGAGGGGCAGGGCGUGACGGUGCUGAUGCAGACGCCAGAGGCGUCGAAGCACUCGUCCUUCGUGGACCGCUUCGAGCGCACCGGCGAGCGGCGCAUCAUCGGCAAGCCUCGCGUCGUGACGGGCAAGCGGAAAGACGGGUCGAGCGUCUCGCUGACGCUCUCUGUGUCGCCGUGCGCUGCGCCGGGCGAGUACAUCGGGAUCCUGUACCGGCGCACCGAGGCGGAGGCGCGCGCCAAGGCCGAGACGGAGCUGCGAGACGUGUCGACGGCGCUGGAGACGCUGGCGGAGCCAGUCAUCAUGAUGCGAGGCCACACCAUCACCUCUGUCAACCACGCGACGCUCGAGACGUUUGGGUACGAGUCGAAGAGCGAGCUGGAGGGGCAGGGCGUGACGGUGCUGAUGCAGACGCCAGAGGCGUCGAAGCACUCCUCCUUCGUGGACCGCUUCGAGCGCACCGGCGAGCGGCGCAUCAUCGGCAAGCCUCGCGUCGUGACGGGCAAGCGGAAAGACGGGUCGAGCGUCUCGCUGACGCUCUCUGUGUCGCCGUGCGCUGCGCCGGGCGAGUACAUCGGGAUCCUGUACCGGCGGACGGACGCGGAGGCGCGCGCCAAGGCCGAGACGGAGCUGCGAGACGUGUCGACGGCGCUGGAGACGCUGGCGGAGCCAGUCAUCAUGAUGCGAGGCCACACCAUCACCUCUGUCAACCACGCGACGCUCGAGACGUUUGGGUACGAGUCGAAGAGCGAGCUGGAGGGGCAGGGCGUGACGGUGCUGAUGCAGACGCCAGAGGCGUCGAAGCACUCCUCCUUCGUGGACCGCUUCGAGCGCACCGGCGAGCGGCGCAUCAUCGGCAAGCCUCGCGUCGUGACGGGCAAGCGGAAAGACGGGUCGAGCGUCUCGCUGACGCUCUCUGUGUCGCCGUGCGCUGCUCCGGGCGAGUACAUCGGGAUCCUGUACCGGCGCACCGAGGCGGAGGCGCGCGCCAAGGCCGAGACGGAGCUGCGAGACGUGUCGACGGCGCUGGAGACGCUGGCGGAGCCAGUCAUCAUGAUGCGAGGCCACACCAUCACCUCUGUCAACCACGCGACGCUCGAGACGUUUGG